ACAAACGCACACUUGACACACAUACGAAAAAACACACACACACACACACACACUCUCUCUCUCUCUCUCUCUCUCCUAUUGCGCUAUUGAAGAAAGAAAUCCAUAUUUUUUUUGCUGAGUUUUUAUUUUUUAUUUUUCUCGUUGUGCCGCCACUGUUUUAUGCGCCUCCAUCAUCCUCUUCGUCACCUAGGGUUUCUAGGGUUUUCAGACCCGUUUCUGGGAUUUUCUGGGGCUUUCCGAGCUGGAUUCUCUUUCUUUCAUCAGGCGAAUCUCCAUGCGCCGCUGGUUCAGCGGCUUCGUUGAUUAGCCCCAUCACACCACACUCCCCAUCUCGCUCCUCCGCUCUCCAGCUUUCUCGAUCCCAAUAAUACCUAGGGUGUGACUGCUUUCAUUGCUUUUUGGGGAAUGGUUUUUCAAUUAGGACGAACAUUGAUUGCUCUUUUGCUUGUGUUCUGAGGGUUUUCGAUUUGAAUGGCAUUGGGGGAUUUGAUGGCCUCCCGGUUUUCGCAAUCCUCCGUGGUCGUGGUCCCAAACCACUUGGAUGACUGCGCCUCUAGUCACGAAGAUGGCGAUUUGAGCUCGCAGAGAAGGGAAUCCGAGACUGCUAGUAGUAGUUACGGAAAUGCCACGGCCACCACUGCUACAAGCAUGGCCUACUUGCCCCAAACCAUUGUAUUGUGUGAACUUCGGCACGACGCCUUCGAGGCUUGCGUGCCACUAGGUCCAUCUGAUAGUGGUCUGGUCUCCAAAUGGCGGCCUAAAGAUCGAAUGAAGACGGGAUGUGUAGCUCUAGUAUUAUGUUUAAACAUUAGCGUUGAUCCGCCCGAUGUAAUUAAGAUAUCUCCCUGUGCCCGAAUGGAGUGCUGGAUAGAUCCAUUUUCUAUGGCUCCACAAAAAGCUCUUGAAAAAAUUGGUAAAACCUUGAGUGAACAGUAUGAGAGGUGGCAACCAAAGGCACGCUACAAGGUUCAGCUUGAUCCUACAGUUGAGGAAGUGAAGAAACUUUGUAAUACAUGUCGCAAAUAUGCCAAGUCGGAGAGAGUUCUUUUCCAUUAUAAUGGACAUGGUGUACCGAAGCCAACUGCUAAUGGUGAAAUUUGGCUCUUUAAUAAGAGUUAUACACAGUAUAUCCCCUUGCCAAUAAGUGACCUUGAUUCCUGGUUGAAGACACCUUCAAUAUAUGUGUUUGAUUGUUCUGCUGCUGGGAUGAUUAUUAAUUCAUUCAUUGAGCUUCAUGAUUGGGGGGGUUCUAGCUCAUCUGGAUCUACAAGGGAUUGUUGCCUCACAACUCCCAUCAAGAUGGCAUUAAGAUGGUUCUGCACAAGAUCAUUACUUCAUGAGUCUCUUGAUUAUUCGCUAAUAGAUAAAAUCCCUGGCCGCCAAAAUGACCGGAGAACCCUCUUGGGGGAGUUGAAUUGGAUUUUUACUGCUGUCACUGAUACAAUUGCAUGGAAUGUUCUCCCUCAUGAUCUUUUCCAGAGACUGUUCAGACAAGACCUGUUAGUUGCCAGCCUUUUUCGAAAUUUUCUACUUGCUGAGCGAAUUAUGCGAUCGGCAAAUUGCUCUCCAAUCUCUCACCCAAUGUUGCCUCCAACCCAUCAGCAUCACAUGUGGGAUGCAUGGGACAUGGCUGCUGAGAUAUGCCUUUCUCAGCUUCCAUUAUUGGUUGAGGAUCCUAAUGCAGGGUUCCAGCCAAGUCCAUUUUUCACUGAGCAGUUGACUGCUUUUGAGGUAUGGCUUGACCAUGGAUCCGAACACAAGAAACCACCAGAGCAGUUGCCUAUUGUUCUUCAGGUCUUACUUAGUCAAUGCCACCGAUUUCGAGCUCUGGUUCUUCUUGGAAGAUUCCUUGAUAUGGGACCCUGGGCUGUAGAUCUGGCAUUGUCUGUUGGGAUAUUUCCGUAUGUUCUGAAGCUGUUGCAAACGAUGACGCCUGAACUACGACAAAUUCUUGUAUUUAUUUGGACAAAAAUUCUUGCCCUUGAUAAGUCAUGUCAGGUUGAUCUUGUGAAGGAUGGGGGACAUACAUAUUUCAUCAGGUUUCUUGAUAGCAUGGAAGCAUAUCCAGAACAGCGUGCAAUGGCUGCUUUCGUUUUGGCAGUGAUUGUUGAUACACAUAGACGUGGUCAGGAAGCUUGUAUUGAAGCAGGUCUGAUCCAUGUUUGCUUGAAGCACCUUCAGGGUCCAACUCCAAAUGAUACACAGACUGAACCCCUUUUUCUUCAGUGGCUUUGCCUCUGUCUGGGAAAGCUGUGGGAGGAUUUUACAGAGGCCCAAAUAUUUGGUUUGCAGGCAGAUGCCCCUGCAAUAUGUGCUCCUCUACUUUCCGAGCCCCAACCAGAGGUUAGGGCUUCUGCUGUUUUUGCACUGGGUACCCUGCUUGAUGUGGGUUCGGGUUCAUGUAGAGAUGGCGUUGGAGGAGAUGAAGAAUAUGACGAUGAUGAAAAGAUUAGAGCUGAAAUUAGUAUUGUUAGAAGCCUAUUAAGUGUUGCUUCAGAUGGAAGCCCUCUGGUCAGGGCCGAAGUUGCUGUUGGUAUGUGAUUAAUCUUCUGAUACAUAUUCAUAUGG